CGGUGCAGCUCGGGCCGCCGGGGCGCUGCCGGGUCUCCGCAGGGACGCGAUCCGGCUCGGAUCGCCUCCGCUCCCGUUUCCGCAUUCCCGCGGCCGCCGCGCGCACCGCAGGCGCGGAGCCCCGCGUCCUGAUCUCAGGAGGGAGAACCGGUCGGUCCGGAUAAUCCGCCCGCAGCGCCGGGCGGGCAGAAUGCAGCCAGCCGCAGAGCCGCCGAGCCGCAGGAGCCACGGGUCCGGGACCGGGACCGGCGCCGCGGCGGGUGAGGACUGAUCCGGAUCCGGAUCCGGCCCCGGGAUGGAGAGCUGCUGCCGCGCGUGCAUGCCGUGCUGCGGCCGGCUGUGGAACUGGAUCUGGCCCGACCUGCGCUACCCGAGAUCCGGCCUCCCCGGCGGCACCGCCGGCGGCCCGCGCGACCACGUGAUCGCCAACCCGGCCGCGCUCGGCGCCGAGAUCAGCACCGUGUCCGGGGGGGUCCGCAUCCCGUCCCCCCGCCGCCACCCGCCGCAGCUCUACGCCGCGCUCUUCGACUUCGAGGCCCGCAGCGACGACGAGCUGACGGUGCGCGAGGGGGACAAGCUGUCGGUGCUGGAGAAGCGCGGGGACUACGUCCUGGCCAAGAAGCUGACCGGGUCCCUGGAGGCCGGCCUCAUCCCGGCCAGCUACGUGGCCCUGCUGCAGGACGAGUUCGCCAAGCACAAGUGGUACUAUGGGAACAUUAACCGGAUGAAAGCCGAGAAGCUGCUGCUCGCCGCCCAAAACAAAGAUGGCGCCUUCCUGGUUCGCAUCAGUGAGAGUCACAGUGACGAGUACACCAUCUCUGCUCGCAGCGAGGGGAAGGUCUUCCACUUCCGGAUCCAGCGCUCGGCCAUCGGAGCGUACUUCGUCUCGGAUAAGAUCUCCUUCGGCACGCUGGGAGAGCUGGUCUCCUACUACCAGAAGAACCAUCGCAGCCUGGGGGUCCUGCUGCAGGAGCCCUGCGCCCAGCAGCGGGAGCUGUUCGACAUGGAGCGCUGGGAGCGGCCGCGGGAGGAGUUCCGGCUGGUCAGGAAGUUGGGCGAGGGCCACUUCGGCGAGGUGUGGGAGGCGCUGUGGACCACGGAGAACCGCAGGGUGGCCAUCAAGACGCUGAAGCAAGAGGACACCAAGCAGGACGAGUUCGUGAAGGAGGUCCAGGCCCUGAAGAGCCUCCAUCACCCCAAACUGAUCGAGCUGCUGGCCAUGUGCUCCAGAGGGGAGCCGGUCUACAUCGUCACCGAGCUCAUGAGCAAGGGCAGCCUCAAGGCCUACCUGUCCUCGGCUGAAGGCCAGGUCCUCACCUCGGCUCACCUCAUCUACAUGGGCAGCCAGAUCGCCGAGGGCAUGGCGUACCUGGAGGACCGCCACAUCGUGCACCGGGACCUGGCGGCCCGGAACGUCCUGGUGGGCGACGAGCUGCUCUGCAAGGUGGCCGACUUCGGCCUGGCUCGCAUCAUCAAGGACAGCGUCUACACCGCCAGCCGCAGCACCAAGAUCCCGGUGCGCUGGACGGCGCCCGAGGCCGCCCUCUACCAGCGCUUCUCCGUCAAGUCGGACGUGUGGUCGUUCGGCGUGCUGCUGUACGAGAUGAUGUCCCGGGGCAAGAUGCCUUAUGAAGGAAAGAGCAAUAAGGAGGUUCUGGACCUGCUGUCGUCGGGGUUCCGCCUGCCCUGCCCGACCCGCUGCCCCCCCAACAUCUACCGCAUCAUGCUGGACUGCUGGGCGGCCGAGCCGUCCCAGAGGCCCUCCUUCCACGCCCUGCACAGCCAGCUGGAUGCCAUCUACGCCCGCAUCUACUUCAAGACCAUCGAGGUGUAGCGGUGGGCGGGGGGCCGCCAGACCCCGAGAGGGACCAGAACUGCUAGAACCCCGGGGGGAGGAGGGGACCGGGACCACCGGGACCACCGGGACCAGAACUGCUAGACCCCCCGGGCAGAAGCACACUGAGCACAUUCACACAAACCACUCUUUCUACUUUUCUACACCUGGAUGUUUUCUAGAUUUCUUACUUCCUACAUGUGCCACGAGCGAGUCGCGCACUCUGGAACCCCGAGGGGUCAUAGGUCAGGGCUGAAACCACGUGGGGUCAUAGGUCAGGGCUGAAACCACGUGGGGUCGCAGGUCAGGACUGAAAUGUGCAAUAUCCGGCGGCGUGCCGGGGUUCUGACACGCCGCCGUCUGUCAGGGACCAUCGGGUGGACGGAAACCUCGGGCGCAGUUAGCCUAGCUUAGCAUGAGUCUCGCCAAACCGAACGCUGACUCUGCACUUCCUGGUCCCCGGGCCAGACCGUCCAUUCAGAACCUUCAGAUCGAAUCAGAGGAAAACACCAAUCAGAACCCGGCUUCAGUUCAGCCCGUCGUCUCCAGGGAGCGUUUUGGGUGAAGAAGCUCCAGUAAACGUACGAUUACUGGUUUUUAUGUUUGAGCCAGUCCUGAGCUCUUUCAGAUGCUUUAUAACUCACGGAUUGAAAAACUGACGCUCACAUGUUUUCUACUGUAGUUUCAGUAAAACUGGUGAGAAACAGAUUUGCUUAACGGGUUCGACAGAGUCCUCAGCCAAUCGGAGGAGAGGAGCGUCAACUUCCUGCCUGUUUGUUGCGUCCGUAGCAACCACCAUAGCAACCCGGCGAAGCUGAGAGAAAAACGCCAGGCUCGUUUCCAUCAGCAGAACGACGAGAGGAAAACAAACGUUUCUCUCCUGAAGCGUCUUCAAAACGACGUAAAGCCAAAGUUUUCUGUAAAUACAGCCGCUGCCUUCUGAUUGGCCGCGGCGCAAAAGCUGCUCUCCUCUGAUUGGCUGUGGACUCUGCCAAACUCCGUUAAGCUGGUUCAGUGGGGAGAGCGGUUGUCCCACCAUCGGGAGGUUGUGAGUUCGAUUCCUGUCUGUCUGCCAAAGUGUCCUUGGGCAAGACACUGAACCCUGACUUGCCCCCGGUGGGGCUGCGGGCCUCUGCUGGUGGACUGAAGCGUCUGCUCGGUGGGAUUGUGGAACUCCACACACACAGCUCCACAUCGAGCUGUUAAAAGAGCUCAGGGCUGCUUCAAAAACACACAGCGAGUUCAGACACGUUUACAGGAGCUCCAGCCGCUUUCCCUCCAUACCUUCCAAACAAGGAACGGGAUGAAAAUCUGCUUCCCAACAUUCCUCAGCAUCCGUAGGAAAAACACAAUAUUGUAAUGAGAACGCCUGAGCCCAGAGCUCCGGAACCUUCAGCACCAAAACGACGAUGCUAAAGAUCUGAAAUGGAGAAAGAUGGACUUCAGCAGGUGCUAUCCACCAGGUGCCACACACACCGUUCACAUAUUUAUUCUGCUGUUAGUUUUUUAUUUCCUGGAUUUUGUGUUUUGCUAUUUUGUCUGUUAUUUAUCUGUUUUCUUCCAAAGCUUAGCGCAGUAAUGACCUCUGACCCCUUCCAUGUGAGCUGUGACAGACAGCAGAGGGAACUCUGCCGCGGGAUGAACACAUGAACGGAGUCGUCGUCGUUCCACAGCGACGUUCUGAUCACUCUGAUCUGUUCCGCUGUCGUGAUGGAGCUGCAGAGGCAGAACUCUGGGCUCCUGUUUCCAUGACGACGCUGCUCAGAGUCAGCAUUUCCAGAAAAUGUUGUUUUUCCUGUUUCCGAGUGUUUUCAGUCACUCUGAGCUCCGUUGUCGUGGAAACGGACUCCAGAGGCAACGGAGGUUUAGCUUUUUUCAUUUGAACUUGUUGCCGUGGAAACGGGGGAGGAGUCUCAGGCUGUGUCUGAACGUCCACGCUGUGUCCUCUACAGGACACUACAAGGGCUGUCCGAAUGUCCUGACAGCAAACAAGAAGGGCACUAGAAAUUUCCCACAAUGCAUCUUGAAAAGUAGUGAGCAUCGAUGGUCCCUAGACGGCUCAAUAUUACCCAUGGUGCAUUGCAAAUCUUCAGCAAAAUAGUGGAAGAGUAGCAGCACGAGCCGGGAAGAAUUUAAUAAUAUGUUUUUAUUUAUCCUUCAAUGAUUAGAAAGACGACAGGAAAGCACAAUGCAGAAUAAGAGACAUUAAAGAAAUAUAUAUCACAAAGCCUCUGAUUACCAUGGUCUAGAGAUGCGUGGAUUGCGGUUGCACCCGUGGAUAACGGUGGAUCGGGCGGAUGACGUGUCGAAAAAUUAAGAUUUUAGUUACAUUCGGGCGGGUUGCGGUUGAAGCACUCAGAUAAAAAAAAGCAACAUUUUAAUAGCCAAAACACUGCGGAUGGCGGCAGGUUCGGUUUUGAAAAUUGAUAAAAAAUCGUUCGUGCGAGUGGAUGGCGGGCGGAUGGUGAUUUGAAGAAGCGGUUUCGGAUGGAAAAAUGAGCUAUCUGCGCAUCUCUAACGGCCAGGGGUCACGUGAUCAGCGCUGAGGGAAAAAGUAGGGAGCUGCGAGUCCGAAUCCCAACGGAUUCAGGCUCUAUGAAGUCCACUAUGUAGUCCAGCUCUGUAGGGACUGAGGGGUGAGGACAGAGUGUGGACAUUCGGACACUGCCCCCCCCCCCCCCCCCCCCCCCCCCAAUUUAAACUUGAUGUCGCAGUCGAGUGGCUCUGCACCGUCGUCAUGGCGAUGCUCUGUCACUCAGCGUCCCUGCUGUUUCGGGGACGUGGGACGCCGUGGCAGUGUGUCUCCAGGACAUUGUCCUUUCAGUCAGUUGGAUUUCACAGCAGAGCAGCGACGGACGAGACGGACGAGCCGGGAGGGACAGCGCUGGUCGCUCUGGACGACCCGGAACAACGUCAGUGCCUGUUCACCGGCCAGCCUGUUCACCGGCCAAACUGAGCACCCGUCGCUCUGUUCACCCCCCAGACUGUUCACCCCCCAGACUGUUCACCCCCCAGACUGUUCACCCUCCAGACUGUUCACCCUCCAGACUGUUCACCCCCCAGACUGUUCACCCUCCAGACUGUUCACCCUCCAGACUGUUCACCCCCCAGACUGUUCACUCUCCAGACUGUUCACCCUCCAGACUGUUCACCCCCCAGACUGUUCACUCUCCAGACUGUUCACCCUCCAGACUGUUCACCCCCCAGACUGUUCACCCCCCAGACUGUUCACCCCCCAGACUGUUCACCCUCCAGACUGUUCACCCUCCAGACUGUUCACUCUCCAGACUGUUCACUCUCCAGACUGUUCACCCUCCAGACUGUUCACCCUCCAGACUGUUCACCCUCCAGACUGUUCACUCUCCAGACUGUUCACCCUCCAGACUGUUCACUCUCCAGACUGUUCACUCUCCAGACUGUUCACCCUCCAGAC